AUGUUCAUGCAAAACGAGAAUAUCCGCAAAAUAGUCCAAUGCCGCGAGGUCUUUUAUAACAUCGCUACAUCUCACGAUCAAAUCGAGAACAUCAACUUUGACAUGUUAGGAUGCUCACUGUUGGCCGGAAUGGCUUUAAACGCGAUCACUUCCCAGAACGAUACCGUUCGAGUUAAAAAGUCGUUACAACUCAUCGAACAGACCCCUAAAGGUCUUCGCUCAAAGUUUUUGAACGAGUGUUACAGUGCCGCAGUACAUUUUUAUAACGAAGAGAAAGGAGUCGAUCGAAUGGAAUACCUUCAAAUCAUUUGUAAUAUAAUCAACAACGCAGAGACUUAUUCACAAUGUUUCGACAUCUUCAAGGUGGUUGUUGAACAAUUUAUUAUUAAGGAGGAAGAAACUAAGCUCGAACCAUCCCACUACACAAGAGUCCAGUAG